AUGGCAUCUGCCGGGUAUGUACACAUUACUUUGAUUUGGGUCGUCUAUGCCAUUGCCAUCGUCCUCCUCUUGUCUAUUACCUCCCUCUUUGUCUACGGGUACCAGACGCAUCGAGAACGAUCCGCCUUCGUCACUAUUGUCUGCAUUUUCAGCAUCACCAGUCUCCUCGCGACCGUUCUCCUCCUACCGGUCGACGUGGCUUUAGUCUCGAGUACGACAAGUUCCAAGCUAGGCCAACGAAAGGAUUGGGCCAGCCAAGACCAAGUCGACAAGAUUACGUUCACUCUCCGCGUUGUCUACUACCUCCUCUACUCGCUCGACGCGCUGCUGUGCCUGCUCGUCAUCCCUUUCACCUAUUUCUGGUAUGAAGAGUACGAUGAGGUUGCUCAAGAGGAAGGAUCCCAAACAUUUGCUUCACGAUUUGGGGCAGCAUUCAAAUAUACCGUGGUCUUCAUCUUCCUCUGCGUCGCCCUUUUCUUGGUCGGCUUCUUCGUCCCGGUUGCACGUCACCGCCAGGGAGCGCACUUCGACUUGGACUUUUUCAAGAAAUUACUUGCCGAGAACCAUGGCGAACGGGCGCUGACAUUUGCCCUGGGUCUCUUGAUCACCAUCGGUAUUCUGAUUUACUGCUUUUACACAGCAGCGGGGCUCGCCCUGCUUCCACUCACCUUUAUUAAGUCGACUCCUGGAAUCUCGGCCCCGGCCCUUUCGGAGUCGACUGCGGCGCAAUUGGAAAGCAAUCAGGAAAGGCAGAGGCAACUCGAAGGUCGCGCACAGGGAAAUCCCGAUGGACUGUCCGCCAAGGAUCAGCGAGAGCUGGAAGCUUUGGUCCGUGAAGAGCGCACCUUGCGUCGACACCAACGAUUAGCUGCCGAAGCUUCGGGUGAGGAUCAGGGCAUCGUGGGAAAAAUCUGGCUCAAGAUCGAAGCGAUUUUCCGUCCCAUCAAGCUCAUCGUGGGUGUUCUCCUGGUGAUCAUAGUUCUGUUGAUCUUUGCCAGCAUGCUCAUCACCGGGAUUGACAAAGCAAAGAAUUCCAUUUGCAAACGACAUUGUGGCUACCUUCUUGCCCACAUCAACAUCUUCCAACCGAUCAAUUGGAUCCUGGUCAUAUCCGCCAAAGUCUUUCCCAUUGACUACGUGAUCUUUCUCCUGCUCGUCAUGCUCUUCUUUGGCGCCAGCAUCGUCGGCAUUGCCACUAUUGGAAUUCGCAUUCUCUGGAUCACCAUCUUCAGAAUCCGUAAAGCUCAUACUUCACCACAAGCACUGCUCAUCGCGACCGUCAUGCUCACGCUCAUGACGCUAGCCAUCAACUACUCCAUCGCAAUGAUGGUCGCCCCGCAAUAUGCUACUUUCGGUCCUCAGACAUUCUGUGACCGUCCCCUCAAAUACCCUGGCGAACAACCUGACUGUUCCAACCACACUCAGCACAUUGUCCCCUGCACCGAGUCUACCGAUAACCCAGCCGCCCAAAACGUAUGCACGCCGUCAGUAGUCUCUACCUUCCUCAACCGUGUGACGGUAAACUUCCCCUUCUUCGGUGUUGUGGAUUUCUGGGCCCAAUUCGUUUUCUUGGGCAUGUUCCUACUCGCCUUUGUCAUACUAUUGUUCCGCACACCCAAACUUUCGGACUCAGAUGCGGACGAUGACGCUCUUGAAGAAGAGGAGGAAGGUCUUUUGGCGAGUACAGGCCGCAGGUUUGAUGCCACCUGGCAGGAUAUUACGGGACGAGUCAGCCGUUCUGGAAGGACAAAUCAGGCGCGAGGGAGAGGAACGCGGCACGGAGCUAAUGAUGGUGAUAAUUAG